AUGCAAGAAUCAUACCAAGAAUUACAAAAUCAAGCAUGUGAUGCUGUUAGAAAAUCAAUGAAAUUUUUCCCAGAUUGGCCAAAUAAAGGUGUUGGAUUUCAAGAUAUCUCAGGGUUAUUUUUAUCACACGAAAAAUUCAAUAAAGUCCUCGACUACUAUAGUUAUAGAUUCAACGAUGUCGAUCUUAUAGUUUGUUUAGAAGCUAGGGGUUUUGUUUUGGGUACUGCAUUUGCUCAAAGUAUGAAGCUUCCAUUCAUUUUAAUUAGAAAGAAAGGUAAAUUACCAGGCCCAUGCUAUAGAGAAUCAUACAAAAAGGAAUAUGGUGCUGACGAAUUUGAAGUACAAGAAAACAUUCUUUCUGGUAUAACUCCAAAACCAGGUAAGAAAUUCCACGUUUUAAUUAUGGAUGAUAUCUUGGCUACAGGUGGAACACUUUGUGCAUCCAUAGAAUUAGUUAAAAAAGUUUUAAUUGGUAAUGGUAUUAAAGAUUUCAAGAUUUCAACUUCAUUAAUCAGUAGUGUUAAAGUUUUAAAUGGUAAAGAAAAAAUUUAUGAAAAAUAUAAUGAUGUUAGUAUUGAUAUCAUUAAUGAAAUGUAA